GAGCUAGAAGUAGAAUUAUUGGCUUUAAGUCAGAACUUCCGGCACAACUGAACUGGCAAAAUGGAGAAAUACCGGCCAAUACCAAUUUCUGCAGUAUAGAAUUCUUCUCCUGCGCCCUAUCCUGAUCAGGUUCUGUCGGCAAAUUCGCGUCUCGCACGCUUCCUCUCUACCGCAAGCGUCUUCGGAGUUGCCAAUCGAGAUAUUUAUGGAUUUCAGGCUCAGCUGCUCUAUCAAUUGCGUCAAGGCGGCCAUCGAGCUGAUACAUCUUAUGAAUGAUACCUCGACAACUGAGCUGGCUAGUGUGUGGUGGUAUAGUGUAUUUUAUGCCUUUUCCGCCGGAAUCGUUCUUGCCCUAGCUCGGACAUGCUCCGCUAUCAAAGCCAAGUUUGCAGAGUCGACUCUUCAAGAUUCUUGGAAAAGCUGCUCUGAGUGCCUAGAAAAGAUGAGCUCCCUUACUAAAUCUGCUGAGAUUGGCGGCCAGAGUCUCAACAAAGUUUUGUUCCUCCUUAUGCAGGCCCAGCAUGAUCCAUCUAUCACCAACCCAGCCGCCGGUCAAGAACACAGAUCACAGCCCCAAGGUCAGGAUAUCCAUUGCGAAGCAUCAUUGACUGACUUACCUAUGCCUCCUGCGACGGACUUCGGGGAAGCUCUUGACCUGGAUGACGAACAGCGCUCUUUCUGCAUGCCGGGUUCGGACAUUUUCACCUAUCUGCUGGGAGAACCAGGUUUAGCUGGGUCAAUGGAUGAAGCGAUGGGUGACGAGUUAUGGCCUACGGCACCUUUGUUUCUGUGAAAUCGAGAUAGAUACUAACAUUAGGGUGGGAGACUUUCAAGGACGCCUCGGGGACGAAUCUUAGCCCUUCGAGGCUGUACAUGAG